AUGAAUUAUUCUGAGCUUGUCUCUUCCAUUUGCACCCUUCUGUGUCUGAUUUCUUGCUGUUCUGUCAUUCUUGCUCAGCAGCCAUAUAUAAAAAAGGCCACAACAUUAUGUGACAGCAGAGAUAAUUCAACUUCUGUUCUUGGCUAUACCUGCAAUGGCAGUAACCAGAGUUGUCAAGCUUAUCUCACAUUCCGAGCUCAAUCUCAAUUCGACAGCAUCUCCACCAUUGCUAAGUUAUUGGCCGUUGAUCCACCCCAACUCUCUCAGCUCAAUUCAGUUGCUCAGAAUGCAACAUUUGAUACAGAUCGGAUGGUGCUCGUUCCAGUCACCUGCUCGUGCUCGAGUCAGUACUAUCAGACGAAUACUUCUUUCGUUAUCCAGCAUGAUAAUACUUAUUUCUUCAUUGCAAACAACACUUUUCAAGGUUUAUCAACCUGUCAAGCACUCCAGGCUCAGAACCGUUAUCCCACCAGGAACUUAUAUGCUGGUACGAGAAUUACAGUUCCAUUAAGAUGUGCUUGUCCAACAAAGAACCAAAGUAGUGAUGGUGUGAAAUAUCUAUUGAGUUAUUUGGUCACUUCGGGGGAGUAUGUUUCCCUGAUAAGCAAAAAAUUCGGGGUCAAUACAGGGAACACGCUUAGGGCCAAUGGACUAUCCGAACAAGACUUUACAAUAUAUCCCUUCACUACUCUUUUAGUCCCCCUUCAGGAUCCACCAUCAAGUUCCCAAGUCAUAGGAUCACCACCACAACCAUCACCACCGUCAUCUAGAACACCACCAUCUGUCCCUCCACCGAGUGGUGGUUCAAAUAAAACAUGGGUUUAUGCUGUUGUUGGUGUUCUUGGGGGUCUGAUCAUUGCAUCAGUUGUCGGAACUAUCAUUUUCCGUAUGUUCUUUCGUAAAAAGAAACAGAAAGCUGAACCAGCUUCCUCACCAUAUAGCAUUGAAUCAGUUCAGAAACCACUUAACAAAAAAGAGGAUGAAGAAUCACAGGAAUUCUGGGACAGUAUAUCCAGUAUUGCUCAAUCUCUUAAAGUUUACACUUUUGAAGAACUUAGAGCUGCAACAGAAGAUUUCAGUACUGCUUGUUUGAUUAAGGGCUCUGUAUAUCGUGGUAGUAUUAAUGGAGAUUUUGCUGCCAUCAAGAAAAUGAAUGGAAAUGUAACAAAAGAGAUCAAUUUGCUCGACAAAAUCAAUCAUUUCAAUCUAAUACGUCUCUCGGGUGUUUGUUUCAAUGAGGGAAACUGGUAUCUUGUUUACGAAUAUGCUGCCAAUGGACCUCUUAGUGACUGGAUUCACAAAAUUGAUCAAAAGUUCCUGACCUGGAACCAGAGAAUACAGAUUGCUUCAGAUAUAGCCACAGGGCUUAAUUAUCUCCAUCGUUACAUGUCCCCUCCACAUGCACACAAAGAUUUGAAUAGCAGUAAUGUUCUUCUUGAUGGCGAUUUCAGAGCCAAAAUCGCGAACUUUGGUCUAGCAAGGUCAACAGAUGGGAAGGAAGGUCAAUUUGCCUUGACGAGGCACAUUGUGGGGACAAAAGGUUACAUGUCUCCUGAGUAUUUGGAGAAUGGAUUAAUCACCCCUAAGCUUGAUGUGUACGCAUUUGGGAUUCUCAUGCUGGAGAUCCUAACAGGAAAAGAAGUUGCUCUGCUGUAUGAAGGCGUAAACACAGAGUUAUCGGAGAUGCUAAUCCCUGUACUUCAUGCAGAAAAUGGAAAGGAGAAUCUAAAAAAUCUAAUGGAUUCUUCGCUACAAGGAACGUAUCCCUCAAACCUAGCCAUGUUAGUAAUUAAGUUGAUUGAUCAUUGCCUCAAGAAGGAACCAUCACAUCGUCCGAGCAUGGACGACAUUCUCCAGUCUCUGUCAAGAAUUUCAACUUCUACAUUGUCUUAUGAAACGACAAUUAGCAUCUAA